CUAUUGGGCAGAGGAAAAGUUUCUCUCUCACUCGACGAAGAACGACGAUUUCUUCUGGUGCUUCCACCGUUUCUCAACUUUCUUCUCAGAAGCCGCCGACGGAGUUGUGUCGCGACCUGCUCGGACUUCGUUUCAGGCUGUCUCUGACUGCCUUCGCCUGCUCCGCCGCUUCUUCCAUCGUUAAGCGAGACUCUCUUCACGAUCAGGUAAUCUUGCGGAAGCUUGGGGUUUGAUUAGGAAAACAUUCGUUGAUCCAACUUUCAAUCAUCAGGAAAACGAUGGUGGAGAUGUUUCCUUUAAGAUCAGCAUAUGCUGCUUAUGGAAAGAUCAAAGCUAAGCUCUUUACUCUUGGUGAUCCUUUUACUCGGAUCAUUAGUCCAAGGGUAUCUGCAAGUAUUUUUGAUUCCUUCCAUGAAUGUGUUCUUUGAAGUUGGUUUUGUCUUUAAGAAAUAUCAUGUGACCUUGCAGGAGUAGGAAAGUUUCAGAAUUGGUAGUGAUUGAAAUCUACAAGGCCACAGGAGCUAGGCCAUAUUCUGGCAAAGUUGGUGUGGAAGAUGUCGAUAGAGUUGACAUGGCUUAUAGAGUGGUUGCGGAUCAUAUUAGGACGCUCUCAUUUGCUAUCGCUGAUGGCUCUCGUCCUGGUAUGUCUCGAAAUCCACUUAAUGACUGUUUGGUGAGUGUCUUUCAUGUAUGUAGCGAAUCACAAGGUUCCAAAACCAGCAGCUGUUGCAAAGCAUGAGGUGCAGAAAGAAGUUCUUUUCCUAGAGUAUGGAGAAGAUACUUGAACGCUAUGAGAGGUACUCUUACGCAGAGAGACAGCUUAUUGCACCUGAGUCCGACGUCAAUACGAACUGGUCGAUGGAGUAUAACAGGCUUAAGGCUAAGAUUGACCUUUUGGAGAGAAACCAGAGACACUAUCUUGGGGAAGACUUGCAAGCAAUGAGCUCUAAGGAGCUCCAGAAUCUGGAGCAGCAGCUUGACACAGCUCUUAAGCACAUCCGCUCUAGAAAGAACCAACUUAUGUACGACUCCAUCAAUGAGCUCCAAAGAAAGGAGAAGGCCAUACAGGAGCAAAACAGCAUGCUUUCCAAAGAGAUCAAGGAAAGGGAAAAGAUUCUUCGGGUACAACAAGAGCAAUGGGACCAGCAAAACCAUGGCCACAAUAUGCCUCCUCCUCCUCCCCCGCAGCAGCAUCAAAUCCAGCAUCCAUACAUGCUCUCUCAUCAGCCAUCUCCUUUUCUCAAUAUGGGUGGCCUGUAUCAAGAAGAAGAUUCAAUGGCAAUGAGGAGGAACGACCUUGAUCUGUCUCUUGAACUCGUUUACAACUGUAACCUUGGCUGCUUUGCCUCAUGAAACAAUUCCAUAUAUAUGGAUUUCUAUAAUCAACAAUGAUGAUACAAUUAAAUUUCUGUGUUCAUUAUGUGGCAAAACGUGUAAUAUAUUUUUAAGGUCGGAGAGAACGAAUGACGAAACUGGUUCAGUUGACCCCUUUUCAAACUUAUUAUCAUUAAUUUGCUUCUCGA